GUGGCAGAAGAUUUUUCUAUUCCCGCUCUGGGGUAAAAUUGCAAGUUUUUGGAACAAGGUUUUCCUUACCAUCAUAAUCCUGUUGAUUGUUCUCUUUCUUGAGCGCCGACGGGGAACCAAGGACCGUUCUUUCAGCGCGCGUACCCGGAGAAAACGCAGUGCCUUGUUGGAAGAAACCGGCCGUCAGACGAGGCUCACCGACCCCAGCGGGUUUCCGUAAUGUGGGACUCAUCGAGAGCAUAGCCCCUGCCUUACAGGAGAAUGGUUUUUAUAGAUCAAUUUGCACCCUCCGUUUCUUCGUUUCUUCCGUUUUCCAAACUCUUUCCGCCUACUUUCCUGACACAUGCUGUGCGAGAAGUCAGGAAAUAUUCCUCCAGCCAUGGAGUUGAGAAGAGUUCUUCUAGCAACCCCAGUGCAUCGGAUCACAUGCAGAUGAAACUCUUUAGAUCCCAAAGAAAUCUGUACCUUUCGGGAUUCUCCUUAUUUCUGUGGCUCGUGUUGCGGCGAACGGUGACCCUUAUCACUCAGCUGGCCAAAGAACUGGGAGCCAAGAAAGCACUGGAAAAUCAAGCCGACAGUGCCAACGAAGCUGCCAAAAACUACAUGGAAGAGAACGAGAAGUUAAAAUGGAUAGUGAACAGAAAUGGCAAAGGAGACGAUGAAAAUCAAAAAUUGGCGAAGGACGUGGAAGACCUGAAGGCUGAAUUGAAGAAGACGACAGACGCCCUUUCCAAGGCCAGGAACGAGGUGAGCGAGGUGAAGAAGCGAUCGGACAGCCUCUCCAGGGAGUACGAUCGCCUGCUGAAAGAGCACACGCAGCUGCAGGUCCUUUGGGAAGAGACCGACGGCAAGAAGGACCUGUGAUGGCAAUUUCUAGAAGCUGGCGUCUGCUACGACCACGUUGACGUGCUAGAUUUAUUAUUCUAAUUGGUCGCCGGAGGCUUAAUCUUUUCGUACCGCACCGCCUCUCGCUAGCCAGUCGCUCGCAAACGUCACCUCUGCGCUGUAUUUCAAGGCGUUUUUAGGACCGUAGGCUGUAUGUGGUGAUGAGUUCAAUUUACUGUGAAGUCCUGAGAACGACAUAUUUUGUCUACCAAGAGUAUAUUAUAUUGACAGAGCUACCGACGUUCUGAACUCGGUUUUCCUCGGAAAGAAAUGGAAAGGCCGCUGGUCGUUUGUGUGCGGCCUUCAAAUGAGACGGCGAGUUGCAUAAACGGGAAUAUACUUGAAACUCCGCCUAUCCGGUGGAAACCCGGAAUCGAGUUCCCACCGGCUGCCGUGCCGUUUCAGGCCGUCGUCUCGCGAGAGGCUCGGUCGCUCCGCGGCGGGCCGCCGUGUCUCUACGUAAUUCUUCGAGUGAGAGGUUUCAAAGUAAAUUUAGAUUUAUUUUUUAAAAGUCACGCAGUUUCUAGCGAUAGCAAUAAGGGCAUGUUUUGGUAAUGUACGUCUGCACGAGCUUGAUCGUUCUCCUUGGGAAUUUCCAUCGAUUAAAAAAAAAGGCUGUCGGCUUCGGUUUUGUAAGUU